AUUCUGCAUUGCAGGUCUGUUCUACACACGAAUAAGUACAUUUGCACUCUGUGGGAUUCUGUCAGGAAUUCACGAUGGCAGGAUUGAAAAUGAAGGCUGUGAGGUGUCCGACGGACGAAUUGAGCUACACCAACUGUGCUGUUCUCAAUCCUGCUGAUUUUCCAGAUAAUGUCAAGCACAUUGAAGUGACAACUGGGCCAAAUCAGCACUUCGUAUUCACCGUAAAAAGUCACCCUGAGGUGCCCCAUGGAGCCGUGGGCUUCAGUCUGCCCCAGCGAAAGUGGGCGGCCCUUUCCCUCAACCAGGAGAUCGAUGUUCGUCCCUACCACUUCGAUCCCACCUCGGCCUCCGAGUUUCUCUGCACAAUUGUCCUAGAAGCUGACUUCCUCCUAAAGACGAAAACAACCCUCGAACCCUACGACACAGAGCUCAUGGCCAAGGAAUUCCUCCUCCAAUUUUCAGGUCAAGCCUUCACAGUUGGCCAACAACUGGCAUUUCAAUUCCUAGACAAAAAAGUGCUCGGUCUCGUGGUGAAGAAUCUCGAGGCAGCGGACAUAUCAGCGAUAAAAUCAGGCCAAGAGCCAAAACCAAAGAAAACGAGAAUGGGCAGAUGCCUGGGUGACACUGUCAUUCAAUUCGAGAAGGCUGACAACUCGAGUUUAAAUCUCAUUGGCAAGGCCAAGGGAAAAAUGGUGCGCCAAUCCAUCAUAAAUCCAGACUGGGACUUUGCUAAAAUGGGAAUUGGUGGUCUGGACAAAGAGUUCAGUGCGAUCUUCAGACGAGCAUUUGCCUCACGCGUGUUCCCCCCAGAACUAGUUAUGCAACUGGGUUGCAAACACGUCAAAGGUAUUUUACUGUAUGGACCCCCUGGAACUGGAAAGACGCUGAUGGCACGUCAGAUUGGAACGAUGUUGAAUGCACGAGAACCCAAGAUCGUGAAUGGUCCUCAGAUCCUCGACAAGUACGUGGGGGAGAGUGAGGCGAAUGUCAGGAGACUGUUCGCUGACGCCGAAGAGGAGGAGAAGAGACUCGGUCCCAACAGUGGACUCCACAUAAUCAUAUUCGACGAGAUAGAUGCCAUCUGCAAGUCUCGAGGAAGUGUCGCUGGUAACACUGGGGUUCAUGACACAGUUGUGAAUCAGUUGCUGGCUAAGAUCGAUGGUGUUGAGCAGUUGAACAAUAUUCUAGUCAUUGGGAUGACGAAUCGAAGGGAUAUGAUCGACGAGGCUCUGCUGCGUCCUGGAAGGCUGGAGGUGCAGAUGGAGAUCAGUUUGCCCGAUGAGCAUGGCAGGUUUCAGAUUUUGAAUAUUCAUACAGGUCGUAUGCGCGAUCACAAGAAGAUUGCAGGGGAUGUUGAUCUCAAGGAGCUGGCAGUGUUGACGAAGAACUUCAGUGGAGCUGAGCUGGAGGGUCUGGUGAGGGCUGCUCAGAGCACAGCAAUGAAUAAAUUGAUCAAGGCAUCGAGUAAGGUCGAGGUGGAUCCCUCGGCGAUGGAGAAACUCAUGGUGUCACGAACGGAUUUCCUUCUGGCGCUUGAGAAUGAUGUGAAGCCAGCAUUUGGCACAGCAGCUGAUGCCCUCGAUCAUCUUCUUGCCAGGGGCAUUCUCAACUGGGGGAGACCUGUUGCGGAGAUACUUGCUGAUGGCAAUCUUUACAUUCAGGAGGCCAGGGCCACCGAGGGCUUCGGCCUUGUCUCGGUUCUGCUGGAGGGACCGCCCAACAGUGGGAAGACUGCCCUUGCUGCACAAAUUGCUAAGAACUCGGACUUUCCGUUCACCAAAGUUUGCACUCCUGAUGAUAUGGUUGGAUUCACUGAAAAUGCCAAGUGUCUGUCGAUACGCAAAGUGUUUGAUGAUGCUUAUCGCUCGCAGUUGAGUUGUAUUCUUGUGGAUAACAUCGAACGUCUGCUGGAUUAUGGACCCAUUGGACCCAGGUAUUCGAAUCUCACGCUGCAGGCACUGCUGGUUCUACUUAAGAAACAACCGCCGAAGGGAAAGAAACUUUUGGUGCUGUGCACUACUAGUCGCAGGCAAGUCCUCGAAGAUAUGGAGCUCCUCUCAGCAUUCAGCACAAUCCUCCACGUCCCCAACUUAUCCACCCCCGACCAUCUGCUCUCAGUUCUGGAGGAAGUUGAAAUAUUCACAAAGGAGGAAAUAGCCUCCCUCCAUGGGCGACUGCAAGGCAAGCGUGUCUUCAUUGGAAUUAAGAAACUACUGGGUCUGAUUGACAUGGCACGACAGGUCGAGCCGAGCUACCGAGUUCCCAAAUUCCUCUCGAAACUCGAGGAGGAAGGUGGCCUGGAAUGAGCGGUUUGAAAGCGAGCGAAAAAUUGUACAAUUUUGUGUAAUUAUUUAUUCAGAAGAAUAUCCUAUAGUCAAUUUACCAAACGUUCCACCAGCAAACGCAAAUAUGUCACGUAGUAGUUGAGACGAUAAAAAAAAUGUAUUAGAACGGAUUAACUGGAGUCAAUUCGCGUCAGUCCGAUUGGAGGAAAAAAUAAUAAAACGAAUCAGUGAUUUUAUCAGGUUUAUCUAGGUAAAUUGUACCCAGUGGAAGUAUCGUAGUUCAAUGGGCGUACGCCUAACUUAUCAUCCUGACGCACCUGAGGGAAAUCGAAGGAAUAAUAAUACUAAUGAUGAAACUAGAAUUCAUUCCGUGACGUCGGUUAGGGCGUCAAAUAUUUUAUUACCAUAUAAUGUUACAUUUGACCAAUAGUUAAUCUCAUUAUUCGUGCACUGGAACUCGAUUACAAAUUAUAUCGUUGAUCUUAAUUCACUGAAACCGGUUUAACGAUCAUGUAAUGGUGAAGAGAGUUAAUGAGUGCAAUAAACGAUGAAUUGUUGGCCGGAUAGAAGAAAAAAUACAGCUGUCGUAAAGAUUUUAUGAUCGAAGUGAAGAUAUAUUUGCCAUAUUUUUUCUCUUGCCGUCCGCACGGUCAGGGAUUGAAACAGAGUAUUUAAUAUUUGUUGAGAUAUAGGAUCGAAGGAGCAAGCCGGAGCAUUAUGGAGCCCUAAUAGGAUUAACAAAAAUUAGUACACAAAGUAGUUGAAUUCAAUUGUCUCAUAUACUCGUGGGCUUGAACGUGAUAGAUGCAUUUAGAGUAGUAUUUUAUCAAUUUACGUUCAGUCUUGAUCUUCAACCGUCAUUCCAGCCACUAGGCCUAUGCAAUUUUGUUACUUAAUUUGUGAUGGGGGGAAUGAAUUGUCUUGUUGAUUCGUUAAUUACGAAUUUCUAUUUAUUGGGGGAUGAUGGGAGACUCAGGUGGAUCGAGCGUUCUAUUUAUUGAGUGAAACGCUGCUGUUGCGAAAAUUAAUUAAUCACCGCGACUCUCUUGUUCUUGUUCUCGUUCGGUGAAUUAUUUUGAAGGUAUGACGUGGGAAACGUUUCGACGUGCUUGGCUACAGGCACAUCGUGGAUUGAUGCUGUUAUUAACGUGACUGCAGUGUACUUUUUCGAGCUGUCUUUAGUGAUAUUGUCUCUGUGUAUAAACAAAUAUAUUUCUGUCUGUUUGAAA